UCUGCGAUGCGCACUUCCAGCCGGCGCAGAAAGAGUCAGGCCACGGGGGUUGGGCGACUACGGCGCCCGCCAAGGGCUAAAAAGCUCUUGGCCCGGGGGGCGGGGCCUAGUUCGGGAGUGGGCCGGGCUAACUGAUUGGGGUCUGAACGCGGCUCUGAAGCCGCGUGGAGGGCGGAGCGGGCUUCUCCAGAGGUGGGACCAGCGCUCGCGCGUCGGAACCUUGUGUCCGCACCCCUUACGUGCCGGCCGGCACUUUGGCUACACAGUUUCCCCAAGCCUCGAGACUUAGGGAGCAGCUCCAAUGGCUGGGAAUAAAGGAAGAGGACGUGCUGCUUAUACGUUUAAUAUUGAGGCAGUUGGAUUUAGCAGAGGUGAUAAGUUACCCGAUGUAGUAUUGAAACCACCCCCACUAUUUCCUGAUACAGAUUAUAAACCAGUGCCUCUGAAAACAGGAGAGAGUGAAGAUUAUGUGCUGGCCUUGAAACAGGAGUUGAGGGAAACUGUGAAAAGAAUGCCUUAUUUUGUAGAAACACCUGAAGAAAAACAAGAUAUUGAAAGAUACAGUAAAAGAUAUAUGAAGGUGUACAAAGAAGACUGGAUACCAGAUUGGAGAAGACUCCCUAGAGAGUUGAUGCCAAGAAAAAAAUGCAAAAAAGCAGGCCCCAAAUCCAAAAAUGUGAAAGAUACAGCCAAAGGCACUUCAGUCGCUAAUACUACAGAUGUAUUGAAAAAAAUUGAGGAAUUGGAAAAGAGAGGUGAUGGUGAAAAAUCAGAUGAGGAAAAUGAAGAGAAAGAAGGAAGCAAAGAGAAAAGUAAAGAAGGCGAUGAGGAUGAGGAUGAGGAUGCUGCAGAACAAGAGGAAUAUGACGAAGAAGAGCAAGAAGAGGAAAAUGACUACAUUAAUUCCUACUUUGAAGAUGGAGAUGAUUUUGGUGCAGACAGUGACGACAACAUGGAUGAAGCAACCUAUUAACUAUGAAAUCUCUCAAAAAAUAUUUUUAUGAUACAGCUUCUGAACAUUUGGACAGACUUGUUUUCUAUUUUAUUUCUGAUAAGGAAUGACUAAGUAUUUUAUUUUUAUUCCUGUUUUGUUGGAGAGAUACUUGUUACCAAAAUAUUCAGCACCACUUUGAGUUUACAUACUAGUUACCUUACCAAUUAGUCUCUGACACUUUGACAUUCCUUCUCAACACCUCUGUCAUCUAAUGUAUUCAAGUGCAUUUUUUUUUUUGCAGGGGGGGGGAUAUUAUUUGGAUUAGAAUGUGUCUAAAGAGUUUUUGCAGCUUUUAAUCUAUAUAUUCAUACUUAGACAAAUUAUUCUUGUUUAACUGCUGAUCUUUUCUAAAACUACUACUAGUCAUCAUGAUGGAUUUCUAUAAUCCAAAAGUUGGGUUAAUACUGCACAUGGAGCACUUUAAAAACAAAGAAACUUGAAAAUAAUUUUUUUUUUUACUUUUACAUGUAUGUUCUGUGCUACUGUAACUACAUAAAUCUACCUGAGCUCUCAAAAGUGCAUAUUUUAGGAGAUUAAAAGUUUUGCGAUUGGAAACACAUGCACAGGGAAGAAUGCCAAUCUGAGCUAAAUACAUUUCACAGCUUACAUCUUAACGAAUACAGCUGGGAUGAAUAUUUAUAAUACCUGAAUUUGGGGCUAAUGUCAUACCAUACAAUAUAUGAAUUAAUCAUCCCACUAUAACAGGUUUGAUAUCUUUUGAGUCAUUGGCUUAUGAAAAAUUAGACUGAGACAUUUAAUUUUGUACUUUAUAAAAAUGUGGAGUAAGAUCUAGUCAUACAAAUCUCAUUACAGAACGCAUGUAUGUGUAAUCUGUGAGGUGUAGUGGCAUCUGUUACGUUUACGGGACUCAGCUAUCCAAUUGAUUUAUAUAACAAUUUGCAGAAUAAAACUCAGGUCCUUUGAAAUUAAGAUUAAUCUUUUUUGAUUCAUUUAAAAGCUAGCUCCCUGCUUUUUUGUAUUGGGGUGGGAGAGAGGAUAUCUAAAAACUUCAGCCUCCAGUGACUCACACAUGCCAAAGGUUUUCAAGGAAAUUCAUAUUAUAUAUUUUAAAAACAAUUUAUUAACAUUACCCACCAAAAGAAAUAAAUUUUUCCCUCUUGGGAAGAUACUACCCAUUACCCUCUAACCUGAGAAUCAGAGCCCUAGAUUCUUUUUAUGCCUUUACUAUUAAACUCAACCUUGAAAUUGAGCUUGGUUAAGUUUUCUGUGCCUUAGUUUCUUCACUUGUAAACAAUUUUCUAUAAAAAUUGCUUAAACUCCAACCAAAGCUUACUAUGUAUUUAUUCUCUCACCUUGUAGAAAUGAUCAUUCUUAAUUCAAAUUUUGUUCUCACCCUCUGAAAAACUGUAGCUGGGAAAGUGACUGAAAACAGUUUUGAGAAGCAAACGUUUUCCUCACAAAAUAUAAUCUGAUUUUCUUAUCUUAUUUUCUGGUGGGAAAAAUUGGAGAAAAUGUGUAUUGGCUUGUGCCAUUUUGUAACAUGGCUUUCUCAGGAAAAAGACCACUUUCAAUUGUAGUAUUUCUUCAGAUAAUUCAGUAUGGGUGUGAGGGCCAUUAUUAGUUCAAUAUUGUUGAUCCUAUGUGAUUUCUUAUUUAAAGGAGCUUAUCAAAAAUUUUAAAGAUUCUAAAUGGAAAACAUGAGUAAAACACUCUGAAGUAUUAGCAAUCAACUGUACUUAGAGUAGAAUCCUCAGUUUGCUGUUGUACUGGGAAAAUAGUCAUUUAGGAUUGAUAACUACCGUAAGUUUCUUAUUCUCUCACCUCCUUAGUACUAUAGCCAGAUACCACUUAAUUUAUAGGAAGCUUAUCUUUAUGGUUCUGUUUACUUGCUGUAUUAUAAAUCUGAAGAUAACACUUGAAUUGGACAAAUACACCAAAGAUAACAGGAAUCUUUUCCUGGCUUUCAAUUUGUCGCCACCCAUUUUAGUCCUGCAGAUGGUAAAGCAUUUCCUAUGGGCAAGGAUUUGCCAGGAGGCCCCCAGCCAUCUCCGUUCAGUGCAUUGUCUUCCUCCUUUGGAAGAUCUUUUAUAAGUUUAAAGUAGGCUAAUUGGGAGAACAGGCAGGAAGUAUUUGCAGGUUGCUUUACCAGCAUGAAUUUUGUUUUUAUGGCUUAAAAUCUCAGAGACUGUGAAGUUAUUCUAUGAGAUGGUAAACUUUAAUGCAGAGAUUAGCCUCAUACUUGUUGAAGUAUCUUUAAAAUUUCUAUGUAAGAUGCAAAACUGUUUUGUUGCUCUAAUUCUUAUUUUUCUGUAUUUGUUUACACAUUA